AUUGUCCAUACCUGAAUGCCGUACUUCCUGACUUUAGGGGUGUGGUUUUUAGAAUUAGCUUCGCUGAAAUAAGCUAGAAAAGUAAUAAGAUAUCUAGGCAGUCGACCGAUCUACAAACUAAUUGUAGGCUUACGCAAUGUUCUUCUGAUAAAUAGACUUGUUUACAAGUCGACUCUUUAGUUGCACAGAGUGGCGGGGAUGCGGAAUCAAAAUGGGAAACGUUUUCGGCAGAAAGAGACGCACGCGAGUCACAGAGCAGGACAGAGCCGUUUUGCAACUGAAACAGCAGAGAGAUAAGUUGAAGCAGUACCAAAAGAGAAUCACUCUGCAGCUGGAAAAAGAGAGGAAUCUGGCCAAGCAGCUGCUGAAAGAUGGCAAGAAAGAGAAGGCCCUCCUCUUGCUCAAAAAGAAGAGAUACCAGGACCAGCUCCUAGACAAGACGGAAAACCAGAUUAGCAACCUGGAGCGCAUGUGUCAAGACAUUGAGUUUGCCCAGAUUGAGAUGAAAGUCAUUGAAGGCCUUAAAGUUGGAAACGAUUGCCUGAAGUCAUUGCAUGAGGUGAUGUCCAUCGAGGAUGUGGAGAGAAUUAUGGAUGAGACCCAAGAAGCCAUUGAAUACCAGAGGGAAAUAGAUGAGAUGCUGGCAGGUUCCCUGACACAGGAGGAUGAAGAUGCUAUACUGGCUGAACUGGAGGCCAUCACUCAGGGAGACCUUGACCUACCAGAGGUACCUGAUGAGUCCCUGCCUGAAGUCCCAGAGGCAGCUGAGGAAGAACCAGAGCCGGGUCAAGAGAGACCGAGGAAGAAGCAAGAACGGGAGAUGUUGGCUGUCUAGAAACAUGUUUGUUUGCCAGGGGACUUGGUACGCCGGCCACUAUAUCCCCCUAGUAGGGGUCUCAUGCCCCAGCCACCAGAAACACACAGCCACAGAAAGAUUAUCUUCACUCACUGGAAGCAGAAGCAUCUCUUCCGGUCCCUCACCGUCAAGACUGAUGCUCCUGGUGCCCUGAUAAUCCUUGGCCUUGUGAGUCCCACUAUGGCUCUAUAGGGUUGUUGAGUCCAGAGGAGCCCUAUCACUCCAACCAUGGACAUGGACCUUAUUUUUCAGAUCAUUGCUUGCAGGUUCUUUCCUAUUCUUUUUUAUGUUUAGGGCCUAUUUUGAUUGUGCCUAUUGCUUAAGUCCCUUGACAGGUGUGUUUUUUAUCUUCUGUGAACAAAAUUGUGAUUAACGGACAAAUGAAUGCAUGUCACUUUAUUUAUUUCCCUUCAACCUUUUGUGACUUAGGCUUAUUAUCUGACCACAGAACAUAUUAUCUUUGGGAGGAAUAGCCUACAUUCAUCUUUCAAAGUCAUAACUAUUGGGACUAUUUUCAGAAACCUGACCUGUUUAGAUGCGAAAUCUUAGUUAAAAAUGCCUUGAUUCCUGCCAAACUGUCAGGAAUGCAUUUGACUUUGGCUUUGAUUUCAACUUGUUGAUUUGGGGACAGAAUCCUUAUAACAGCACUGACCUAUUUGCUAAAGCAGCCAUUUCAUGUUUAUUAUCGUUCUUCCUCGCUGUCAAACUGUUUAACUAAUCUAAAGCUACAGUUCCUUUUGGCUUGGGAAUGAGUUUAGUGUCAUUGGUGAAAGGAAGGGCUAAUCGUAUAUUGUCAGUGGGCUUACUUACCUCUGUACCCCACAGACAACACCAGACAACACUGGUGUUAUUAUUGGAUGCCUAGAUUUGACUAUGAUUUCAGUCAAAGACAUCCUCGCAGAGCCUGACAUCCUAGCUAUCUAUCCAGUGAGUAUUAUGAUAUUAGGUCUGUCUUACAAUGAAGUGUGAUAUUGGGUUGCUAACUGCCUGGGUCUGUAAUAUUUUACUGGCAUAUCAUAUAAUGAUUAUCUUAGAGCUAAUUAUUUCUUUAUCUGAAAUGGAGGGCCUACAUAUAAAAGAUAAGCAUUACCAACAUAUUUGAUGUAAUAUGUAUGUGGACUAUCAGACCAGAUAUGUAUUGUAUAAAAUAUAUUACUGUUCUCUAAUCUGUAGUGUCUCUCUGAGACACUCUUGAUAAUAACUGGAGACCAUUUGGCAGUUAUAUCAUAUUGACAAACCUGUGGCGUGUCUAUACGAAAUCUCUUAUUCUGUAACAAUACAAGCAUUUUUAAAGGUAGUGUUUGGCCAGUCUGGUUUUACUCGGUAUGUUAUAUAAACAACCACUAGAGGGCAGCAAAUAGCAGUAUUUUUCUUGUUCAUAAGCGGUACCUUGGUUAGUGAAUGUAUUGUGUGGAAUGGGGUGCUGUCUCAUGUUUUUAUUAUGUGUGCUGUGCAUGUAUAUGGGACAGUAACUAAACUCAGCAAAAAAGAAAUGUC